AUGCAGACUUCCAUCGCCACCAUCAUCGCCUUCUGCGCCAUCUCUGUACUUGCUGCGCCUCCAGCUCGCCGAGACGAGUGGCAGCCGACGACCUCUACCGCGUCCUGGCCUGAAGGCGCUCCAAUUCCUGCGCCAACGGAUCAUCCAAAUACGGAGUGGCAGCCACAGGGUAACCAGACUUGUAUCUAUAUCACUAGCAACUACCAGUGGACCGGCUAUGGUAUCAACCUUUGCAACACAGCUGGUGUCUGCGCCGACAAGUUGCCUGAUGGUCUGAGCGGAAAGGUCAUGUCGGCCGGACCCAGCUUGGAUCAGGUCUGCUUCUUGUACAGUGACCAGUACUGUACGGGCGAAAGGUCCGAACCUAUCUUUCACCCGGGCUACGGCAAUCUCGAUGAUAUUGGGUUUGCAAACAUGGCGGAGUCGUGGAAGUGCUUCAAGGUGUGGCCUACAGAGGAUUCAGAUCCUCCAUCCUCCGUUGUUCCAUCUUCGGCUCCUUCAUCUUCGGCUCCUUCAUCUUCGGCUCCUUCAUCUUCGGCUCCUUCAUCUUCGGCUCCUUCAUCUUCGGCUACCUCUUCUGCAAUUCCCUCGGUUCUGACCACUACAUUUACAACAACCAUAAGCACGCCUCUGACCAUGACCAUUACGACUACCACGACUGUCUUGACGGUCCAGACCGUACCUGUCGGUGUCAGCACUACCAGAUUCGCCGCCUCCGACCCUCAGACGACACCUGGAGGUCUCCCCAUUUCACGAACUCAAAGCGCCGUCCAAGUAUCAUCGAUACCUCUCAACACACCGACGCUGACACCGUCCUCCGUUCCAAAGGCGAACAUUACUCCAUCCAUGGUCUCCAUCCCGAGGUUGACUCCAACGGCGUUCAAUCCCAUGGUUCCGGGACACUUCAGCAUGCCCCCAGAAAUCUGUGACGGUCCUGCUGGAGUUAUCAAAAAGUUUGACGUCCGGGAUACUGCUCUGGCGGUCCAAUAUGAUUAG